CGAGCGCGCCAUGGGCAGCGCCAGGAGGGGCUGGGAUGGGCAGCGGGAGCUGCUGCGGCUCCGGGAUGUGCAGCUGGAGCCCCGCGGGACCCCCUCGCUGCCAGGGACACCUCACAGGGCUCGCUCCGCGCUGCUCAGCGCCAGCCUGGACCCGCCCGGCCCCGGCCUGGCCGCCCCCAUGCCGGACACGCCGGGGGGCUGCCCCCCUCGGCCCCCCAGCUCAGCCCUCAUCUACAGCAACGUGGGAGAGCUGCGGGCCCACCUGGUUCCGCGCAAGGCCAGCCGAGGGGAAGGCGCUGGGAGACCCCUCCCCCAAUCCAAGCCGGACCCCCUGCCUCCCCCACUGCCCAAAAAGCAGCUCCAGCGAGCCGAGUCCCUCCCGGAGCCGGGACCAUCCCAGCGCUGCCGUGACGACCCCGAGCCACGGGCUGGCAGCAUCCUGUACAGCAUCCCCGCAGGGCAGCUGCAGCCCGGGGAGGGGGCUCCCCCGCGGGACAGACCCUCCUGGGCACCCAAGAAGCCCCUGACCAAGUCCCAAAGCCUGGGGGAGCCGCUGGCCCGAAGCAGCCCCCAGAAAGCCCCCUCGGCCAGCCUGAAGGAGCUGACAUUUGGGACAGCAGACGGGGAGCUGGGGCAGCUCCUGGAGAGCCCAGCCGGGGUCUGUGGGGUGGUUUUGGGGUGCCACGAGGCCUCCCUGGCCCGGCUCUCGGCUCUCAUGCAGGAGGAGCUGGUGGGGCCCGAGGAGAGGCAGCAGCUGCUGGAGGCAGAGCUGGUGGGGAAGCGCUGGUCAGCGUUUGGGGUCCUGGACCCCCAGCCCUGCUGCCAGAGCGGGGACGCCUGGUACUUCAGGGUGGGCUUCACCUUCGAGCACAGCCAGCUGCAGUUUGCAGCCAAGGUCCCCAAGCCGUGCUGCUCCAGCCUGGGGAUGCAGAGCUUCCUGGGGACACACUGCAGCAUCCAGCGCCUGCUCGGCCACUUCACCGACCGCCUCCCUCGGGAGCUGGUGCUCCCAGGAAUCCCUGGAACACAGAGCCAGGGCCCUUCCAGAGAGGAGCCAGCCUGUCCUGCUCCCCAGCCUGUCCUGCAGGUGCUCCUCUGUGCCGAGGUUCCCCAGCAGACCCUGGCAGACUUUGUGAAGGGCUCCCACGCUCUGCACAGGACCAGCCCCGGGCACUACGAGCGCCUGGGCUGCCUCCUGCUCCUGCAGCUCUGCAUGGGGCUGGAGCACCUCCGGGGGCAGAACGUGGCCCAGGGGGACCUGUGCCCCGAGAACCUGCUGCUGGUGCAGUGCCCGUGUCCCCCCCAGAGGCAGAAGGAGCUGCUGGGACUGUCCCUUCCACGGCUGCUCAUCAGCAGCUUCUUCAAGGUGCAAGAGAAGCAGAGACCUCGUUCCAGCAGCCAGGAGCAGGACUGGAGCCAGGCUCUCGCUGCGCCCUCCCCUCCAGCAGCAGCUGAGCUGAACUUGGGCAGGCUGAUCUAUCAGAUCUUGCACGUGGACAUCUCCCUGGAGAACAUUUUGGGCUUCAGAAGCAAAAGGCUUCCCGACAUCCCCUCACUGUCCAUCUACUCGGCGGGACUGAAGCGCUUGGCCUCGCUGCUCCUGCACAGGGAUCCUGUCCAGAGGGUGUCCAUCGAGCAGGCCAGGGCCAUCCUGCAGGUGCUGCUCUGGGGGCCACGCCAGGAACUCUUUGCCAGGAGCAGGAAGAGCCUCGAGCUGCUCCAGAGGUGGCUGCAGGUCAAGAGGGCUCUGCUGCUCCUGAGGUUUGCAGAGAAUUCGGUUGGGGCCAGGGUCAGCCCCGGCCUGGAGGAGUGGCUGUGCUGCCAGUAUUUCCAGGGGAUCACUGAACACACCCUUUACCAGGUCACCCAGGUUCUCUAUGCCCCCUAAACCACCUCCAAGUCAGCCCACCCAAAGGUCUCCUCAAAUCCAAGAGCUCAUGAGGGCCUGGCCAAACCUGUCCCUGCCCAUGGCAGGGAGGUUGAAACUAAAUUAUUUUUAGGGUCCUUUCAGCCCAAAUCAUUCCAUGAUUCUAUGAAAUCCACCAGUUCCUGAGAAAUCCAAGCAGGUCUUCACUGGGAAAGCUCUGCAUACCUAAACCCACGCCCCCCAUAGCCCAUGGAUAAUGAAGUGUGUAAAACCACAGGGUGUGGGUUUAUACACUCAAACAAUUUUUGCAUGAUACUCUAAGUCUGGUUUACCAGAACACCCGAGGAAAGGCAGCUGGAUGGGAGUUCCAAGCACUAAUUUAGUGGCUGAUAAUCCCAAAUAAAGAUUAUGGAGUUCAGACUUCGAACAAAACCCCCUCAGAGCCUUUUUGCAGCCACCAGGUUUUUGCUGUUUUAAAUAACACUCAAAGCCACCCAUCACAGCUCACUGGUCUCAGCAGAGGAGAAACAACAGCUCCUUCAGCCUGUGCUUCCCAGAGACAAUUUGUGGCACAGUCACUAAUAAAAAUGACAUUUUAAAGGAAAAAAUACAGCUUCAAUAAAACCUGAAGCCGAGCCUCUCAAACACUGGUCCUUUAUGUGCUUCUCUGCCAGCAUUACACACUCCAGGGAUGGAUCCAGAGGGAAACACAAAGCCAAACUGCCCUGCCUGCUGGUGAUUACCCAGAACAGCCUCCAUGGGCUCUGGUGAACAGCUCAGGUGAGUUCAUGGGCACCAAGGCAGGGCUGUGGCAUCUGCUCCUUGCUGUGAAACACUUGGCAGCACGUGGGACCAGGACCCACUCCCCAAAUCCAUGCAGAUGCCC